UCAACUCCCAAGCUGCAAUUUGUUACGUCGAUAUUGUCUCAGUCUUCGCCAAUUUACCUGAAAGGAGGGCGGCGAACCUUACAAAGUUGCUGGCGUUCGUCUCUGGCGUUCUCAUGACAAUUCUGGCGGUUGUAGUUCCAAACUUCGGAUCCGUGGCCAGACUGAUGAUGCUUCUCUGGAACGCCCUGUCCGGACCUCUUAUUGGGGUAUUUUUAUUGGCGCUCCUGUUUCCUUGUGCAGAUAAAAUGGGAACUUCUGCCGCCACAAUCAUGACGAUUGUUUUUCAAAUGUGGCUAACCUUGGGGAAAGUUCAUCGCGGCAUUCGCCCUGCGAGAAUGGAAGCCUCCACGACAAAGUGCACUGAAUACUUCACUUCCGCAAUCAGGUCGGUCAACCAGACGUCUUUUAAAGUCACCGAAGCCACAGAUUUCGAACCAGCUGGGUUGUAUCGUCUCUCAGCCUACUGGAGUGGAAUGAUCACCACUCUGGCCACCAUUGCACUUGGACUGAUAUUCAGCAGGAUAGGAGGAGAACAUCGCAACUAUCGCACACACCUGUUCCUAACGAGCCACCAAGCGCUUUGUCUGUGGCGCAGAUUACGCUUGAUUACUGAGAGUGAUUUAAUAUUGCAUGAAAAUCCGAAAAACGGCUGCAAUAGAGAAAACAACAUUCCGGAAAACAGAACUCUGAAGGAACCAGGCUCACCGUCCGAUAGCCGUCAAAACUAUGCCCGUCCUCUUUUGCUCAAAACACCAGCCCUUCUAAAUGCCUCUUCACUGACCUCUGCAUAGGCCUUCAGAGUUUCCAUGACGCCGUAGGUAUAUACAUGCCUGA